CGUGUCAGUCAGUCAGGCUGCUGCAUUUUGGGCUGAGUCUGCAGAGGCUUACCUGCAGCCCAACUGGCGGGAUGAAAGCCCUCUGGUGGAGCUGUGUGUUGGGAUUACUCUUCCUGCCCACUGAGGUAACACUCAACACCUGGACAGUUUCUCAAAAUCCUUCAUCCAUCUCUGUGAUAACAGUCAACUCCUCUGAUGAGAUAACAUGCUCCACAGCGUUGCCUAACCCAAUGGGGUUCUACCUGCAAAGGCGUUUCCAUAACACAAAGGACGUUGUGUUCCUGUCCUUAGAAGAAGGACGAAUCAGCAAGAAUACAACAGCUGCAGAAUUUGAAGGUCGAAUUCAUAUAACUCCAGUAAAGCAGAUAGUGCAGGGUUGUGGAUUCACCUUGAGGCUGUCCUCACUGAGGUUAGAUGACACAGACUUGUAUUACUGCAGCUGGACGUACUUCAAAUCAGAGACCAGAGUAACCCACCCCAGCAACGGCACUGUUAUCAUUGUCAAAGAGAAGGAUCCCAGUGAACAAUGCAAUUCCCAUUUUUUGGAUCUCAUCUUGAUUACCUUGAGUGUGACAGCAUUCACCAUCAUAAUGUUCCUCGUCAUUGGAGCCCUGAUUUUGAGAUGCAAACGAUUUAAAAAGGACUUCCGACCCGUGAGACCUGAGAUAACACCCAGACCUAACAGGCCUGAGCAUGUCUGUCAUCCGCGUAGAGCUCAACAUUUUCCCUACCUAGUCACAUCUGAAAAUACUUGUGGACCACUGGACUUCAGGGGCAUUCUGUAAUGCUAAAAGUUGGUGCAAUGAUGAUGAUAAGAUUCUUAGAGAAAGCUAGGUUCAAUUAAAAAUUAUUGUACAGACAGUUUUGUCUGCAUUUGUUUGAACCAGCAGCUCAAACUAGGCAAGGUGUCUCACUGUUUUGCUUUUCAUUUCCUUUUAUAUACAAAUUUAUGUUUUGUGUGCAGAAAAGUGAACUACCACAUCCUGGCUGAUGUAGGCUGUACAGGUGUGGUGCAUGUGAGCUUUGAAGAACAGCAGCAUCGCAAGCAUUUUUUUUUAUUCUAUGUGAUGCAACAAAUGUGAGCUUGACCUAUUCAGUUUUGCGUUACACUUCUUCUGUGUUUCCUUUGUGUCUUAUGAGUAGAUUUUGAACUUUCAAACAAAUGUUAACCACAGUUUUCUGCCUGAUUUGAUAUAUUCAUUAAAUCUCAACUUUUUCCAA